GCUGGGAUGUCUGCAGAACAAGCACAGGAGCUUCUAGGAAAGAUCUCAACACCAACAGUGAAGAACCUGCUCAGGGAAACCACGGAGAAAGCCUGCAAAUAUGGGGAGCCUUGGAGGGGGCCAUGUUGCUCAGACAGUUGUGGGGGCGACUGGAGAAGCCGAUUUUCUUUUUGUGCUGUGCCUCCUUAAUCGUGGGGCUGGUUUUGCUGGGUAUACGGCCGGACAUUGCUGCUGUUGCUUAUUUAUUUCUCACCUUGGGUGGCUUUUUCUUGUUUACCUGCAUCCUUGCCUGUUUUCUGGAACAUGGGCUCCAAUCAAGGCAGAUAGAGAACCCAGGAGCCUCGGACAAUGCACGGGACAACGAAGCUUUUGAGGUGCCAAGUUAUGCAGAGGUUGCGGUGCUGGAAUCACAGUGCUGCCCCCAAGAGUCGGAGGAACCACCAUCCUACAGCAGUGUUAUCCCUCCAAGACUUGAGGAGGGAGAGCCUAGCCAUCCAGAGGAGCCCAGGAGAGCCAGACUGGAGAAACGAGUGUGCUCAGAGGGGUCCCUAAACCAGAAAGAAAGCCAUGGAAGGGCUCCAAUCAGCCUUAGGCUUCGGGGACUACGGGUCAUGUCCACUGUUCCUGAUCUGCAGAGUUUGAGGGUGCCCCCCAAACUCGAGCCUCUUACUCCACCCCCCACCUACGAUGUCAGCUUUGCUAACCCUGAUGAUGACAGUGUUUUCUAUGAAAACAACUGGACACCCUCCUAAACUACACUCCCAAGUUAUAUCAUCUCUGCACAUCAGACCCAUUCAUUCAUUUGACCAACAUUUCCCAAUGACUAUUAUGUGUUAGGAGCUAUGUUUCUGCCUGGAUAUCACAAACGGCUACUUGAACCCAGAGGGGAGUCAGGCUAUGCUAUGUCCUUCCCAGUUGAGAUGUGGGUGGCACAGUUUGAGUCUUCUUGCAACAUUCAAAUAGUCACUUUACACAGAACCAAAUAUUUUCAGAGUUAGAUGAGGUGGAGAAAUGAUCCAGAGACUGGAAAAGGAAGAAAAGAAAUAAAUUUGAGUGACGACUCUGUUGCUUCUGUUCCAGGUGCUUUGCUUCUAUUAAAUUGCUUAGGCUUUCCAA